GCCGCCCUUUACACUCGUGUCUGCCAUAGCCGACGGGUGCAACUCGUGUGGUCGUUCUCAGCUGAGUUCAUCCACCACCUGUCUGUGUGGCCGCCGUCCGCUCACCCGCUAGUAACACUCCGCAAUGCCUGCCAAAUUCGAUCCCUCGGAGAUCAAGACCGUAUGUCUGCGGUGUGUUGGAGGAGAGAUGGCUGCUACGUCUUCUCUUGCUCCAAAGAUCGGUCCCUUGGGUCUGUCCCCAAAGAAAGUUGGUGAUGAUAUCAUGAAAGCCACUGGGGACUGGAAGGGUCUGAAGGUGACUGUGAAGCUCAUCAUCCAGAAUCGUCAGGCUCGGGUUGAGGUUGUCCCUUCUGCUGCCUCUCUUGUAAUAAAGGCCCUCAAGGAGCCCCCACGUGACCGAAAGAAAGUAAAGCACAUUAAGCACAAUGGUAACCUGACAAUGGACCAGAUGUUGGAAAUUGCCCGCACCAUGCGACCACGUUCACAGGCCAAGGCACUGUGCGGUACACUGAAGGAGGUAUUGGGAACUGCACAGAGUAUUGGUUGCACCGUGGAAGGUCAGAACCCCCAUGAAAUCAUUGAAGGUAUUGACGAUGGCAGCUUGGAGAUUCCAGAAGAGUAGAAAUUCUUCUUCAGCCACACCUUUUACCCAUGGAAAGGCAGAGACCAUGUCGGCAAUGAAACCAACACUGCACAUUCCCAAGCUAUAGCAUUCCAUGUACAAGGACCAACUAUUUUCUUUAAUUUUCAUCUGGUAAUAAAGUGUGGAGAUUAAAA